AUGGGGAAAAAGAGCCGUAAAGUUUCCAAGCAGCCGGCAUCAGCAGCAGUGAGGGUAGCAGCAACAGCACCAGCGACGUCUUUGGCCGCCGCUGCCUACCCACUUACGUAUCCUUCCGAUGGUCCAUCUGAAGAAGAGUUGAACUGUCUCCAGUCCUCCUCCGCCACACUCCAAGCAAAACUGGACCAACUCACUUCGCUCGCUUUAGUCGACGACCGUUCCGGUUUUGUUCAGAAUUUUGUCCCUCUCGAUUUGUCAGCCGACGACGCCAAUGCCUACUUGCAGGACUUGACAACGGCCCCCGAAGCUGCCUCUCAGUGGACCAACUUGGCGUCGGAAAUUGCCGCGUUGGCCGCUGGGAAAAAUGUACACAAGAUUGAAGGUGAUCAAGUCUGCAAGGCCGUCUUCUUCUUUACCCACCCACUGUUGCCAUCCUGUGAUCGGGAAGUAUCCUUUGUCUGUACCCGUGGCGAAUGGCGGGCUGAAGGGUGA